UCACAACGCAGAGCGCCAAGUUCCUCUAAAAAACGUAAACAACAUGGCGGACAAAGACGCAGAAGUUACAUUUAAGAAGGACACAGUGAGCAAGCUGUUAUCAAGCUUCUACAAGGAGGACAAAACCAGAAUUAGUGGCGAGGCUGCACUGCUCAUGGCGGAGAUGCUGAGAAUAUUUGUCCAGGAAGCGGCUGUGCGAUCGCAGAAACAAGCCGGAAACGAGGACUGUGACCAAGUGGGCAUCGAACACUUUGAAAAGAUCCUACCUCAGCUGCUGCUGGACUUCUAGCAACCUGUCGCCACCAGAUGGCGCCAGAGCGCCUCAUUAGUGACUCCGGUUACCACUUGUUACGUCGUCUUGUUUGUAAUUCUCCUUGACUUGUAAUUCACUCACAUGUUAGAAUGCAUUCCACGCUUUCUUCCACAUUUGUUGUGUCUGUUUGUUUUUUUUUUUAAGUGGAAAACAGCCCCCAUCCCGGCUCCAAUAAGGCCCACCUGUGCUCUUCUGUGCAACAACAGGUGCUUCCAGCAUGCGCCGCGGCGCCCUUCAUCAAAGCCUCCUGGAGCAGUUGGAAGCAAUUAGAGUAAUAAGGGGAGCAGCCAGUCUCUUAGAUGAUGACAAGUGCCAGGAGAAAAAAAAAGAAAAGAAAAGAAGUACCCCCUCCGGCCACUUUGAAGUUCCCUUUUGCUGUCCUGCGAUGUUUAGUUAGAGGUGGAGGGAAGGCCAAAGGGGAGCUCUGGCACAGGGGGAAAGUUGAAUGGGAGUGUGCGUGCACGAAUGUGUGUGCAUGUGUGAGCCAAACACGGCCAAGAGACCACACGCGUAGAUAGAAAGGAAACAUAAGAAAACACAUUGGAACACGGUCCAAGAGGAGCAGGGUGUAAUUCUGAAGGUAAAUAAACAAAAGAGGCGAGGAGAAGAGGUGCCUCUCCUCCUUUCAUCACAGCGGAAGAGAACGGCUCCUCCAACCCGCUGCGCCUCUAAAGCUUUUCCACAAGACCGUGUCUUCAUUAUGAGUCAGCACAGCCGUACAACACCUCACACUAUUUAUUUGCGUGAUGUGACUCACCGCCGCACCGACAAACACAUCUGGAAGCAACUUGGAGCUGAAAGUCUCCAGCGCGGGUCGCUGAUGGCCGCUCAGAGAUGCGACACCUGGAAUUCCACACCGCGUAUCGUGGAUUCCUGCUCUCUGGCCACUGCAGGCCUUUCUGCUGUGUUUGGUUUAAUGAUGCGCACAAUUGGCGGUCACUUCAUUUGCUGGCUUAGUAGUAGCUGCAGACCCCCGCAACAAACUGCCACUUAUCACGUAGGCAACCUGCUUAUUGUGCUGAAAAGCUGCCACUUUUACGGCUUCCUCGCCAGGCACUGGCAACAUAGAACGCCAUCGAAGGUAAACAUUACUUUCAACCAGGCGUGUCCGGACCUUUACCAGUGAGGACCACAUAGUGAAAAAUGAAAGGAUGCGAGGGACACGUUGAUAAGAAGAAGAAAAUAGGUGUUUUCACUAAUAUGACAGAGCUGAGGCAGUUUUUUUUUUUACAUUUUCAAAAUAUUUCAGCUUCUUAAAUAACCUUCAAACAUUUUCUUUUUGCAGCAUUAACAUUUUAUUACCAUAAUCUUUUCACUUUAUUCCCACAAAUGAUAACUUUCACCCAACCUCAUUUUCCAAAAAUUGCAACCUUAUUUUCUUUAGUUUCUCAUAAUAUUACUACAUUAAUAUUUCGACACGCAGGUUUCCUUGCCUCAAAAUGACAUUAUUUUUCCUCAUAAUGUUACACAUUUGUUCUCCUAAAAUUGCAACGGUUUUCUCCUAAUAUUUUGACUUUAUACUCAUAGAAUUACAGCUAUUUUUUUUCAACAAUAAUCUUUGGACAUUGUAUUUUUGUAAUAGAGUGUUCCUUCGUUUAUUGCGGGGAUAGGUUUUCUCACAAGCAAAAACAUUUUCUCACAUUUCUGUCUUGUUUAAACACUCUCAAAAAAGUCCAAACCUUUGUUUGAAUUUUAAUGAUCAACCUACAGGUCAGGCACAAGAAAUGAAGUCACUCACUCGUGUGUAUUUCACUCCUGUGGCCUGUGCCUUUUUGUCCUGGCGCCGUUCCGAUGUACUGUAGCGUUUUUGUAUCCUUUUUAAAACAUAUUGCUGCAGUCCUCCAUCGAACCGAAGAUUCAUUUAUAAACUAGCAAGCCAGCAUGACACAGGAGCCAAUCAGGACGCAGAAAACAAUAGAGGGCCGGGCUCGGCCUGUAACAGCGUUCAUAGGCUGUAAAAAAUAAAUAAAUAAAGCACAAAAAAAAUUCUGCGAAUCUGUGAAAGGUGAACUUUGAUAGAGCGAGGAAACACAAUCUGACUUUUAUGACUUUAUUCCCAUAAUAUUUUGACUUUAUGCACACAAUUUAUAACUUUUUCCCCAACCUAAUUUUCCAAAAAUUAGUGACUGAAACUUUUCUUUGGUUUGUUUCUCAUCACAUCCAUCCAUCCAUCCUUUUUCUAUGCUGCAAAAUCCUCAUGAGGGGUAUGCUGGAGCCUAUCCCAGCUGACUUGUGGUGAGAGGCGGGGUACACCCUGGACUGGUGUCCAGCCAAUGGCAGGACACAUAUAGACAAACACUCACAUUCAUACCUAUGGACCAUUUAGAGUCUCCAAUGAAGCUAACAUGCAUGUUUUUGGAAUGUGGGAGAAAACCGGAGUACCCGGAGAAAACCCACACACGCACGGGGAGAACAUGCAAACUCCACACAGAAAUGCCCAAGGGAGAAUCCAACCCACAUCUUCCAAUCUCCUGGCUGUGUGGCCAACAUGCUAACCACUAGACCCCCGUGCGGCCCUUCUCAUAACACUACUACUUCAAAAAAACUAUUUCUUCAACUCUGCCUAAGAUGUCAUUUUUUUAAACUCAUAAUAUUAUAAGUUUAUUUCUCUUAAUAUUUUGACUUUAUUCUUGUAAAUUAUUGCAGUUUUUUAAAUUUAAUUUUCCGACUAUUUCAACUGUCUUGUAAAUUUUCUUCUCAUAGUGUUAUGGCUUUAUUCCCAGAAUAUUUGGACUUAUUCUUGUAACAUUGUAACUUUUUCCCCAGCCUAAUUUUCCAAAAAUGAAAACAUUAUUUGUUGUUUUGUUUGUUUCUGUUAAUAUGACGACUUUUAAAAAAUAACCCCUUUUUUCUUUAUACUUUCAACUUUAUGCUACUAAAACAUGAUUUUUCUUCACAUGAUGUUAUGCUCAUGAAAUUAUGACUUUUUUUCUUUUAAUAUUUUGACUUUAUUCUGGUACAAUUUUGUUGCUGUUGCUUUUUUUUUUUUUUU